AGUCGGGUAAUCGCCUUCCACUUACCGCUGAAGUGAAAGGGCCGUGAGAGACUUAGUGCAGAUACCUUGGCGAAACACUACAGCCUGACUCCGUACCACGGGAAGCAUCGCUUUUAUCGUCAACUUGUGGCCCUACGAGCAGAGCCUGUGUUCUGUGUGUUAUAUCCCCCUGUAGUGCCUCCUCUCCGCUUUCAUGGACGUUCUCGGGUUGGAUGACGUAUAUUGGAUUUCUACCUUAAUACAAGAUCAUCGGAUUCCCUCUGUUUGCCCGUAAACUUGUUUUUAGGCGUCGUCGAGUAGACGGUAGAUGUCAGUCAGUAUGUUUAGAGCGGUGGUGCAUUAGAGUGGAGGCAGGCAGGGGAACAGCCCGAUCAUUAACCGACUGCAUAGCUGAGAGCUCAUUCUCUGGAAAUGAGAUUAUUUAUACACUGUACGUCUAAACUGUGUAGAAACAUCUCUUUAGUAGGAAGAUUAACCGUUAAUGGAGACACGGAGUGACAGAGUUAGUCCGCUUCAAGGCAACGACAGCAGAAAAAUCAACAUCAGUAUGAAAAGGUGUUGGCUACUGGUGUGAAUUUACCAGUCUAUGGCUGGAAAAUAUUACCAAUUUCACGUUACCUCACCUGUAAAGGGACGUAUCUGGGCUUCAUCAGGAUGAGUUAUGACAACUUGGACACGAAACCCAAAACUCGGUUGUCUUCGUUCAGUGAUGAUGAGAGUCGGAGACCAAGCGUUGCCAUGGGAGCCGGAGAGAGUCGCCAAGACGGGGAUUUCCUGACUUCCAACUACUUAUCACUCCAAAGACAAAGCGAUGACAAAUACGACAGGCUUGUGGUGGCCAAUCCGUAUGUUCGGCACGGCAGCUUUGGCGGCAUGUCUGUACAUUCUGGGGGGCUCCUUUCCCCUACGGGUGGUGUGGCGCUAAGGCGAGCAAGCUUUAUCCCUGGGGUGUGGGAAACUUACCCCAGCAGUACCACCGUUGAUCAGAAAGAUGUCGAGGGUAGCAGUGCUAUCAAUUCGUACAAUCUCUCCAGUUACCAUACGAUGCCGAAAGAAUACCAAUCUAACGGUGAACAAGAAAUAACCAAGAGAAGAGCUCUGAAAAAUGUCGUCAUCUUAGGGUUGGCGUUCGUUUUCGUUUAUUCAGCUUUCAUCUCGUUACAAAGCUUGAAAAGUACGAUGCAUUCUAAGAGUGGAUUGGGUGUAGUGUCUUUAAGCUGUGUCUACGCCACCACGGUACUCUCUUGCUUCCUUGCGCCAUGGAUCAUUAAACGGGUGUCCACGAAGUGGACGUUGGUAGUAUCUUUCAUUCUUUUCUCGGCCUAUUUCACCACGCACUAUUACCCGUUUCCUGAAAUGAUCAUACCUUCUUCGAUAAUCUUAGGCUUCGCCGCGGGGCCUCUGUGGGGUGCUCAAGCCACUUACAUCACCACCCUUGCCGUCAAAUAUUCGCAAACGACUGGACAGGACGCGGACUAUUUAGUGCACAAAUUCCUGUGUUUAUUUUGUGGCUUAUACCAGACCAGUCAAAUCUGGGGAAACUUAAUUUCGGUGCUGCUGAUCGUUUCCACUACAGGACAGUCAGACUCUGUCCAUCCUUCUCAACAUCGGAUUGCGAAUCCGGGAUCUGGGAUCCAGGACUACAUUCAUCAGUAUCACGUCAAUGUGCCGGUCGUUUCCGACGAUGGCUUACGUUACAAGGCUAAUGACACAAACCAUCGACCCCACUGUGGGGUCAUGUCCUGUGUGGAACCCCGAGACUCUGGUCUUAUUGGCGCCCCGGAUUAUGGCCAGUUGGUGGAAGUGAUUCCACAAACCACCGUGUAUUUGUUGGUCAGCAUCUACCUAGGUUGCGGGGUCAUGGCGAUUGUCAUAGCGACGGCGCUACUGGAACGCUUCGACACAGCACCCAAACACGAUCUAUACAACAUGACGUUAACCGGUCGCGAGCUCUGUUUGAACACCUGGGACAUGCUCAAAGACUUCAGGUGCCAAAUGUUAAUCCCACUGAUUAUAUUCGUGGGCAUGCAGCAAGCUUUCAUGUUCGGCGACUUUACGAAGUUUUAUAUCAACUGUACACUGGGGGUGAGGCGUAUUGGAGAGAUUUUCAUCUGUUUCGGCACUGUCAGUGCUCUUAGUGCCAUCACCAUCGGUUACAUCAGCAAACACAUCAAACGUAUCGCCAUUGUCACAGCAGGCGCCGUCUUCAAUAUCGGUCUCCUUCUCGUUCUCUGGUUAUGGCGCCCCCUCCCGAUCGAUCUGCCAAACUUCUUCGUCGUUUCCGGUUGUCUGGGACUAUGCGAUGCAAUUUGGCAAACUCAGACUUACACUCUGUUCGGCGUGUUGUUCGUGGACAGACAAGAGGCUGCAUUCUCCACCUACAGAAUGUUUCUGUCUACAGGAUGUGCUAUAGCCUUCGGAUACAGUCAUUACCUCUGCGUGGAGAUUAAAGUAUACAUUCUGGCAGCCGUGUUGAUUAUCUCCCUUUUGCUGUACAGCGUCAUCGAGGUGAAGUUACAGUGGCAGAGUCAACAUAUUCGGGACAUCGUUGCUCUCUAACUGCGGUGGCUAUUCUACUGUGAUAACAACGUUCUUCAAUGUUUAUCUAAAAAUCAUUAUCCUGUAUACAUACAUACAUUCAUACAUACAUACAUACAUAUUCAACACAGUGAGAUUAUAUCUACAGUGUAAUGUGUAUACAAGUGUGUUGUUAUAUUAGGCUAUACAGCGGUUUUAAGUGAGUUAUCAGUACACAUGCACAGAAAGUGGCAAACGGGAAAUGAAAAAAGCGAAUGGCGCUUUAUGCCUAUUCUAUAGUGCUGAAAGGAAAGGCACAACCCACAUUCAAUUCUGUUCUAUUUUUCUGUGUGUGCAUUUGUCUAAGUUCACAAAUGUGUAACGUACUGUGGUAUGAAUGGGACAAAUUUGCGGAAAUAAACUUUCAAAUGUAUAGCAAAUUUAACAAAUGAGGCAAAUCUGAAAACUUCGUUUUUUUGUGUAGUGAAAUUCAUCAAUCAGCCAUUGUAUUUAUUUUGUGUGCGUUAAAUGCUAUGCAAUACCUUCAAACACGAAUAGUGUACAUCUAUAUCAAAGGCUACCGUUAAGUCGUUAUUGUCCUACAUCACACUUAUACAGAACAGCAUUAUGCAUUAACUUGCACAUAAGUUUAUCAUGUGAAAUGAAUUAUCUUAUUGUCCUACGAUAACACCUGUGUACAUUUACAUGGGAGUAUUUCUUAGCCAGCAAAUUCUCCCACUCAUUUACAAGGUAUUUACAUUUAAUGUACAUCGUUCAAAAGCGAGUUGCACUUUGCUAAUGUCAUAUUUGCAUUUAUCAUGUAUAUACAAUGAG